AUGACCGACCCACAAACCACAGAACUGCAAGCUGAGAUCAAGCAUAACACUACAGAGGAGAUGCGGUUGUUUCAGACAAAAGUUCUCGAGCGUAUGAUACGAUUAAAAGCUGGUAACGCGUCGAAGUUUAACGAUAUCCAUGCAGCGCUUGACAUCCCCAUUCAACAGACGCCGUCAAAGCAUCGCCAUGGUUCAGAUAUAAUUUAA